UGGGGCGGGGGAGCGGCCGGGGCGGCGGGCGGGAGGGCGAGCCCGGGCGCUGCCCGCGCUGAGCGUCCCCUGUGCACUGCCCAGGCCGGCGGCGCUGUACUGCAUGAACGAGGCCGAGCUGGUGGAGGUGGCCCUGGCGGUCUUGGCCGAGAAUCUACAGUGCGAGGAAGGUGAAGAGAACGCCCGGUCCAGGAGUGAAGAGGAGCAGGAGAUCCCGCCAACACCAAUCGAGGUUCCUGGAAGCAAGGCCAACACGGAUGGAGGCAGUGACCACGGUCCAGCACUUCCAUCCCCUCCUGGUGCUGGUGCUGACACAAAGAGGACAGGCAGGGAGAACUCUGAGGACGAUGUCCUGAAAUACGUCAGGGAGAUCUUUUUCAGCUGACAUCUCUGACUUCCCAGGAGAAGAGGGCACAGUGGGGAGGAUGUCUCCUCCCGCGGCCCUGGGAACGGCGGGAGGAGGGCCGGGAGGGGGCUGUGCAUCCAUCUGCUGUGUUCGUGCCCUGUGUAGCUGGUAGGAUACCCAGGAAGGCCAGAGGGGGAAAGGAAGGAGGUGCUCUGUUCUCCCACUCUGUGCUGGGCUCUGUGGGAUUUGGCUCCAGAUUAGGAUGUGUUCAAUUCUAUUUCACAUUUCAGAGCAUGGACAGAUAAAAGAGGACAUUCUGGUUU